AUGAUGAAGGGACACUUUUCAGUCGAAUGGCUCUCCCAAAGCAGCCAGUGCAGUGCUAGUACUCCAUCAAGCCCUGGUGCAGUGAGCCGUUCCAGCUCCUGCAUCUCCAUGGCCUCUGAUAGAGCCAGCACAUCUGGUACUGUUCCAGAAACUCUCCCUGGUUUCUACAGCAGGAGAGUGGAUAAGAUGGAAGCCCGGCAGAUCCAGUCUGAGCCAGUGGGGCCAGCACCAAGCUUUAUUACUGCUCCAAAGAAAGACACUGUCUCUCCCACUGAGAACCUCCAGCAUGCACCAGAGUUAGGCUUCAGCAGUGGGACAGAGGAGGAGGAAACAUCCGGGUAUGAAAGCGAAGGAGGGCGUUCUCUCUCACCCAUGGUCACCAAGGAGCCAGCACCUUCAACCUCCCCUGGUACAGGGCGGCGAGCUAGGACAGCCUUCACAGCUGAGCAAAUCGACAGUUUAGAGAGAGCAUUCAAGAGGAACGCUUAUCUCGGAGCUCAGGACAAAGCCGAGCUGUGCAAGAGGCUCAGUCUCUCUGAUAAGCAGAUCAGGAACUGGUUUCAGAACAGACGAAUGAAACUGAAGAGGACAGUGCAGGACGCCCUUGCACAUGCCUGCCAGGCCAAUGUGGCAUCACAGUUUAUGCCAUACCCCGACCUGCAGUCCUUCAGACCAGCACCAUACCCAAGUUACUACCCAGCACAAGAGAGCGCGAGUCCCUACAUGUGCCCAGCCAAUAUCCAUUACAGCCCUUCUGUUGUGCCCACCCUGUCUGCCAGCGCCCUCUACCAGUACAGAUGCCCUCAGGGUCUUUCAGUGGCACCUAGUAAUCCGGCUCUUAUGCAGCCGUACCAGCCGUACUCUCACCAGUACUUCAGCUCACAGUGA